AUGCAUGAAGAUGGAUUUGAUGAAGAUCCGAUUGAGGAAGUGCUAAUACAGCAGGCGCAGUCGAAUGUAGAGUCGUAUUCUCGAGCUUCAUUAAGUGUUCAAACUAGCUGCUCAUCAGCAAUGACCUCCAUGGUUAUUGCGCCUUCUGUUGAUCACCCCAAUGUUAUUGUCAAAUCUGCUGUUGAGACUACUGAUGUUGAAAUUCAAGCAAUUCCCACUACUUCUCAUAUCGAAUCUCAAACGUCAGUGAUGAACUCCUCAAGUUUGAUUGAGUUUGGCCUUCAGAUUCCGGAGGAUGCUAUUGAAUCCACCGAGGCAAUGGAAGUUUACUCAGUUCCAUUAAGCACAGGCGAGAAUAGGCUUGAUUCCAGCCAGUGUAUGGCGUCUACCUCAGUUAUGUCAACACUACAAAUUCAGCAAAGACUACUUGAUGAAGAAUUAAGCACUAGGAGCGAAAAUUCCCAACAGAAAUCGACAUCACAAGAUGGCUGUUUGCUGGCGAUAUCACAACAGGAAUUUCUACUCAGUUCAAACGUUCUUACAGACCAUGCAACAGAGAUGCAAGACUUUAUUAAUGAGGCUUCAUAUCCUGACGAAGAUAUCAGAUUUUCAACAGGAACACAGCUGAACGUUGUAAUGUCCGAUUCCCAAGAAUAUAGUAAUCUUUCUAACCUACCGGCACGUUCUUCACCUUCAACAUCACAAUCCGAUUCAGACGAUUCUAAUUUUGAAUCCAAGAAGAAAUCGGGAACAACGACAACCAAAUGUGUUGAGCACAGUACGACUCCAAUGUCACCACAAAUAUUGAAGCUUGCAAAAGCUCAAAUUGCGUUCAAACAUGUCGAUGGAAAUUCUCAAACCGAUACUGCAGAAUUCCUGUCUCUAAAGGAGGAAGAAAAUUCAAUCAGAGUAACAAAAUCUGAACCUACUUCCAGUAGUCCUCUUAGGCCCAGCAAAUUAAUUUCAACUGCUUCAAUGUCACCUUUGACUAUUUGUAAUUACCAUGAAAAGAUAAUCUCACAUCAAAAGCAUAACUCAUGCACUGGUGUACAGACUAUGGACGAAAAAGUAUAUUCUAAAUCACUUAAUGUACAAGAUGAGAGUGUUAAAACAGUGCUACCGUUGAUUGAAAUGGUUGCUCAGGAAAGCGUUCAGAAAUCGAGUUUUGCAACACUUGACAGGAGGGAGGAAGUUAAGACAAAGGAAGUUCAGGUUAGUGCACGCACAGUUUGCACAGAAAGCCAAACAGCUGUGGAAGUUAAAGAUGAGCGAUCAGAAGUAAGCUCCUCAGAUGAACUGGGACAUGUAUAUGCGGACUUCGGCCCCACAGACUUUGUCAGUGAUCAGUCAUCGAAAUCUCCCACUAGACAGAUUGAUUCCGCCACCCAGUGUUCCGAUUCACCUUCUCAAUCUUCGUAUCGUAUGUUGUCUGUAGAAACACAAAAGCAGGAUCAAUUCGAGGCGAAGGAUUCGAUUGAACAAGUUGUGUCUGAAAAAUUGCACGCCCCUGUAACACCAACACCCAGAAUCUCGACCGCAUCCACGAUGUCUGGCUACCAGGUUGCGCGACCUAGUAGUCCAGUGGAGAAGACCCAAAUCCGACGACUUGUUGACUCGGCAACGUUAUGUGCCAUUGCGUCACAGAUGUCUAAGCAGGGCAUAUCCGCAUCCACUAUGACUGAAGAUCAAAUCAGUGAUACACCCAUGUCAACGGUAACCAUAAGUGUAGUUGCUGCAAAUACAAGUAGCCUAUCAGAAACCGAGGCCCCGAUCGAGCAAUCGAGGACUCAAUUGGCAGAAUCGGAGUUAAGAGGGGAGAGUCCGAAAGACAAACACGAUAUCGGAAUGUUGUGUCAGUUAUCGGCUCUUGAGUCCGCUUCGAGUGGUGACCAGGAUUCUAUAGUCCAUCUGGAAGAAAGCGAAAAUCCAUUAAUAAGACUAAGGUCUACUGGUCUGCAGGCUGUUGCACCUGAGGAUCAAUAUAAGGACAGAGAAUUUGGUUAUGUACCGGUAAAGUUCCUGUCACAGGACUACAGAGCUCUAUUACGAUCCCAAAAGGUGCGUACAGCUAUAGUAAAGCUGGAGGAUGAACAGCUUGGACAUGCUAGUGUAGAGUUUGUACCUGAGGCCAAAGUGCUCGUUUGCGGAGCUUGCCAGACUGUACAGACUCCAUCAGUGGUGACUGCGGUUUGCACUUCAAACUCAACACAAACCCAACCAGACGAGAGUCAACUAAAUGAUGCUAUUUCUGAAUCGGACUCACCACUAAGUCAAGAAUCAAUGCAUGAAGAUGGAUUUGAUGAAGAUCCGAUUGAGGAAGUGCUAAUACAGCAGGCGCAGUCGAAUGUAGAGUCGUAUUCUCGAGCUUCAUUAAGUGUUCAAACUAGCUGCUCAUCAGCAAUGACCUCCAUGGUUAUUGCGCCUUCUGUUGAUCACCCCAAUGUUAUUGUCAAAUCUGCUGUUGAGACUACUGAUGUUGAAAUUCAAGCAAUUCCCACUACUUCUCAUAUCGAAUCUCAAACGUCAGUGAUGAACUCUUCAAGUUUGAUUGAGUUUGGCCUUCAGAUACCGGAGGAUGAACAGCUUGGACAUGCUAGUGUAGAGUUUGUACCUGAGGCCAAAGUGCUCGUUUGCGGAGCUUGCCAGACUGUACAGACUCCAUCAGUGGUGACUGCGGUUUGCACUUCAAACUCAACACAAACCCAACCAGACGAGAGUCAACUAAAUGAUGCUAUUUCUGAAUCGGACUCACCACUAAGUCAAGAAUCAAUGCAUGAAGAUGGAUUUGAUGAAGAUCCGAUUGAGGAAGUGCUAAUACAGCAGGCGCAGUCGAAUGUAGAGUCGUAUUCUCGAGCUUCAUUAAGUGUUCAAACUAGCUGCUCAUCAGCAAUGACCUCCAUGGUUAUUGCGCCUUCUGUUGAUCACCCCAAUGUUAUUGUCAAAUCUGCUGUUGAGACUACUGAUGUUGAAAUUCAAGCAAUUCCCACUACUUCUCAUAUCGAAUCUCAAACGUCAGUGAUGAACUCCUCAAGUUUGAUUGAGUUUGGCCUUCAGGUACCGGAGGAUGCUGUUGAACCCACAGAGAAAUCUAUUUCCACUGCUGUUAUGCCUUCGUUUUCAAUCUCUCAAGUAUCUAGCGCUAUGCAGUCAACAAAAUCCAAGGUUGUUAUUAAGGGGGUUUCGGUUGACGCAUACUUGAAAGACAUUGAUUCGAAAUCUAUUAUAAAGUCGAAUAUCAGUACAGGUGUAUUGACCCAUGAAUCUCAGAUGAAAUCUACUAAAAAUUAUUCUGAAGUAGCAGGCGAAGUAAUUCCCCCAUCGCCGCCUUCAUCGCCACCGCCUCCACAAAAUUCACCGGGCGUUGAUUUUCAAGAUCUAAGCGAUUCAGAGUUAGUGUUUGUUAUCGAAGCAGAGCCUGAUAUGCAGAACUAUGUCACAGAAUCAACUCCGCCAUUGAAGCCAGACUUUUACGAUGGUCAGUGCCAAACCGUUCCUGUUAAAAUACUUCCCUUCGCAAAGGACUUACUCUUUGUUGAAAAAUCAAGUAAUACCGAGUUCGAGAAUUCAACUCUUAUAGCUACGCAUUCCAUUUUAACACACGAUAUCGAAAUUCAAACCACUGGGGUACUCGAAUCUGCAACAGAGUGCGCAAGUAUUGAAACUCAAACCAAGCGCUUGUCGAUGAAUGCAGCUUGCCAGACAUACGAUUUUGUAGUAUCGAAGACUGAAUCCAGUAUCAGAUCUGUCGAAGUGUCUGGGAAUACUUUAGCACCCUUAAUGUCUACGACAGUUCAAUCAAUACCCGAAGAAACCGUAUUUGAGAAGCCAGUGAAGCUUAGCACAGUCUCUGUUUCAACACAAAUUGAAGAAGAAUGUAUUUCCAAUUAUACCACAAUCGGCGUCUCGACCUUUAAAGAAGUGCAAACAAUCGACUAUCCGACUGACGAUUCUUUUAAACCAGAUGAUAGUAAAACAGCAACAUCAUCUAUGUCAUCUUUACUUCAGUCAUUCACAAAGAAGAUAUCAAAACCAAAAUUAAUCAAAGCUGAAACUCAAGACUCUUUUUCAAACAUUAAAUUGAAUGAAAAUCUCUUCAAAGGAGUCCAAGUCUCUCCAGUAAUGGUAACUUCAAUAACGCAAACAUUUGUGCAUCAGUAUCUUUCAGUUGAAACGGAAACAGCGGUUGAAGGUACUUCGGAGCCAAUUUCAACAGCAGAUGACGAUCUACUUUAUGGUUUUGUAAAUGUUGGAACAGGUGAUUCUGAGAGUACAUUUUCGUAUCAAUUGGUUGAUGAAGGAACACAGUCUGCUUAUUUGGCCUCAAAUGCAUUUACUCAAACUUCCUUUUCUCCCUCGCCGAAUUUCAUAAGCUCAUCCAAUGAGCCUGAAGCCAAGGAUGCUAUAGAAGCUGUGGUCUCGGAAAAUGUGCAUGCGGCUCCAGUGAAAGUCGUCAAUAACCUUGUUUCGUCCUCAACUAUGUCCAGUCAUGAAAUCUUACGAAUUCAAGAGUGGAAUACAGCAGCUAGAAGGGAGACUGUUACUAGUAACGCUAAUAAUUUGUCAUUCCAUUCAAGAGAGAGUCUAAGCGACACUAUAAAUGAAUUGACUACUCUUGUUAAUAGUGUCUCUACUCCUAGUCUGGACUCUCUUUCUAGGAAUUUAGUUGAGAAAGAUGGAUUGAAAUCUACCGGAACAAUGACACAAGAUCUAAUUUAUGGUUUACAAACGCUCCAUGAUUCAAGUAAAGCGGAUAAAUUCAGGAAGCUUUCUGAGGAUAUUCAAGAGUCUGAUCAUCUCAAACAAGACAUCGGUGUUAUGUGUAUAUUAUUCGCAGAAAAUUCUCAACUGAGACAAGACACUGGCUCCAAGUCUGGGAUAAUGAAGGAUACUGGAAUUUUGGCUGGUGAAAUAGCCAUGCAUCAUAAAGACCAUUAUUUUGCCGAUGUUCCCUCGAAAAUAGAAUCACAAGAUGAGGAUCAGAAUUCUGAAAGGUUCCUUGAUGAAUCGGUUUCAGAUAAAGAUAAUACCCAUGAUGACAUGGAACUAAUUCAGAUUGAAGCCCGUCAGGCAUAUACUUCAAUCCCACCAGAUCAAGCUUUCGCUCAAAUUGAUGACCCCCAACACCGCUGCACAUCUGUAACAACUGGCAAGGACAUUGCAAAUGCACCUGACUCUGAGACGGCAGAACAAGUUUGUAAGAAAUGUCAAAUGACAUUCGUAGAACAAGUACCUUGCUCUACACAAACUCGAAUAAGUGUAAAAGUACUAUUGCGGGAGUUUGAAAGUCGAAUAAAGGACGCUGCCCCUUCUCCUUCGCAAUUUCAAGCUAAUGCCAAUAGAGGUGUGUCGUCGACUCUCAAGGUUAAAGAAUCUGUAGGAACAGAGAUUAAAUCAGCCUCUUCUGUUGCUUUAGUCAACGCAGAAAUGCAGUGCUCGCCUAUGGCGAUCUCAACUGAUUGUCAGACGUCUAUAACAGAAAAUGCAGUUUCGCUUGAAAAGCCAAUUGAAUAUGCCCAAACGACGUCUGUUCAAGCAGUGUCUGAUGACAUCGCCAUUGAAGAAAUGCAAGAAUCUUAUUUGGAAACAACUCCAGUUCCCGAUGUUUCAACUUCUGGUCACGAACUCAUUACUACAGCAGUUAUGUCUACCAGAUCUAUUUCAUUCAAAAAUGAUUAUGUUUUAAGGAAUUUGCCUGUGGUAACCAGUCAAACAGCUACUCAGACUGCGAAUUCCAUAAUUGCGUUAAAGUCGGAAAGCGUUCUACCCAAGGAAGUUCAUACUUUUCCAAAGUUAGUGUCUAGUGGGAAUCAAACACCACUUCCUCCGAUAGUGUCGACUUCCUCAGAUUGGACCAAGAUUGAACCGAACUCCCCAACCUGUACCAGCUCAGAUCACGUCUACGUCGAUAUUGAGAGUAGUUAUUCUGUGAAAGCGAUAGACAAAGAAAUGCAGUCAGAACUAACUUCGAGCUCACUUCCUCCGGAGCCUGCUAGAAUCUAUAUUUCAACCUCGACCAUGUCCGACAAGGCAGUCAUAGUAUUGCCGACUGAUCCAGUACUGGCCCCAGUCCUUGAUCGGAGAGUCGAUUCAACUGAUAGUUUAUUAAGUUUGGUGAACAGAUAUGGGGAUUUGUCAGCUGGAAGUUUGGAUUCCUUGCUGCCUCCAAAGAGCAUAUCUACUGGAACUAUGACAGUGGACGCAUUUAAAGUUAAUCAUGAAACGGGAACACCUGACAACAUUACUGAGACACAAGAUGAUUGUCCUGUUUCUCAGGAGAAUCUAAGUAUGAUAACUCCUAAUGAAAGUUCAUACAUACAGAUGCAUCUGAGAACUGAGGAAUCUGAAAAUAUAAAGGCAUCUACAGAAACCAAACUCGAUAUUGGAGUAUCGUGUUUGUUGUUAACUUCUGAUUCUCUUUCAGUUAAGCAUCAGGUAAAACAUAGAGAUUCUAUAGAAACUAAAGAUACCGGUGUAAUGUCUAAAGUAUCUGGUGAAUUGAAAGAUCCAUCUGCGGAAGUUCCUGCCGAAUCUACGGCACAUGCACCGAUGGUAAGUGUGGAGAUACAAUCCUCUCCCGGUACCUUUAACACUGAGUGCCAGACAGAACUUGAGAAAAAUGAACCUCGAAUGAAAGAAAAUCUUGUGGAUUCUGCCAGCUCAACUAUUGCCAGUGUCGUUUCGGCAAAAUCGGAUGAACAACAAUCCAGGUCUAAGCUGGAAACUUAUCCAGAUAGUGUUGGUCAAGCCCAACCUGAAAAAGUAGAGGAAGAAAAGAACGAUUUGAUUGAACCAGUGUUUACUGAAAAGGAAAAUACAUCUCCAGUACCAGUGACUAAUCUCAUGGCAUCUGCAACAAUGCCUAUUUACAAAGUGCACAGAACUAAAGAAAAUGACUAUUCUACUAUUGAAGAUUGUACUGCUUUGAUAAUUUAUGAUUCAAGAGAGCAAAGGGAAGUAGAAGAGAACAGUUCAUGUUUACUGAAUAGUCCUCAAGAUGGUAAAAACACGUCGACUGGCACCAUGGUAACAAAACCAAUUAAGGAUACAUCUACGGUAGAAGUUAUUGGCAAAUGGAUCUCUGAUUCAGAAUCUGAUGAUUCAGGAAAAUCACAACCUAAAUUUAAGAAAGUCGCAACGAUGACUUCGAUUGAAAUUUCUGAUCUGAUGUCAAUGGUUGAAGUAUCAAGGGCUGUUGUGUCCAUUUCAACUCAGACACUUGACUUCAGUCAAAGUGUCGUAAUUUCAUUCGAUGAUGGUGAGAGUUUAUGUAAUUCAAUUGUGGAAGCUAAUGAUGCAGAAAGCAUAACACAGAUGGGAGACCAAGUAACUGCGGACGAGCUUUCUCCGAAUUUGACUGCCUCAAUAUCAAAUCAAAAUACGCCAUCUGACUUAGGAAUGAAACAUCAGCUUCAUACGGCCGUGAUGACUAAAGCAAGUAUUGAAUCAAUCUCUAAUUUUGAAUUAGUAGAAAAAGAUAUUCCAGUCAAUAGUUUAUGUAGUAGAUGUCAAAAGGAGGUUUCUGAGGACAUGAAGACAAACUCAGCAUCAACAUCAACACAAACUCAAAUUAGCAUUGACUUCGAGCAGUCUCCAAUUCAAAAGAUCUACCCGUCAAUUUUGAAAGACGAAAAGAACGACGAAUUACGAAACUCGAUUUCUGAACAGAAUCAGAAAUUCAUAACUACUGGUACUAUUACUACUGAGGAUUCUCAUCGAAUAGAAUCAUCAUCUUCAGUCGUAAGAAGAAUGCUAAAAUCAUCAUCGAUCCAAACCAGUACCCAACAACCCUUUAAUACACAACAACCUGAUACUAGAACUAUUGAUGAAUAUCACUUCCCAUCAUCUAACUCUUUACAUGAUGUCUUCGCUGAAUUCGAUAAUGAAAGAGACGCAAGCAAAAAUUCACUAGAAAUGACCAAUAAGGAAAUUCAAUCUGUAUGCCAAAUUUCCAACGCCUCUUCACAGACCUCAUAUGCAUUGCUGCCAGCUGUUACUUUGCUCUCCGAAGAGUCAAAGAGGAAAGAUGUCAUCGAACCAGUUGAGUCUAAAGAGGUGAAUGCAACUCCACUUCCAUUUGCGAAUCUCAUCGCAACUUCAACCAUGCCAAUCUCUCAAGUUUCGGUACCUCUUAUCCAAGAACAGCCGACCGAGAGUUUGAUUAGUUUGUUGAAUCAGAUGAGCAUAUCUAGCAGUUUAGAUGCUCUAUCUGCUCGUCAAGUAACGACUGGCACUCUGACGAUAGAUCCAAUUGCUGAGUUAACUGUGUUAACAAUAUCCGGAAAACCUAGUGAAAAUAGCGUCCCUCAAGAUCAACAUGAAGAUAAUUGUUCAGAACUUAAGCGAUCUGCAAUUCAAACGGUAUUCAAAUUGGGAAGAGGUGAUUCCGUGAAGACAUUUUCGGAAAUCGGAAAAGAGCCAGAAGUUUCAAAGAAUGAUAUCGGUGUGUCAUGCUCGAUUCUCAAUACAUUAUCAACUCAUUCCAAUGCGGACUACGUUAAAUCUUCAAGAAUUAACAGUACUGGUUCCAUGACAAUCAUCUCUGAUAAAUAUCACAAAGAUCAGUCAACCUCCAGCCCGCCUGGUGGCUUUGAAUCAGUGGACUACUUAGCUAUAUUGAGACCCACAAAAUCAUCUCCCACGGAAGAACAAGAGAAUGUCGUUUCGAAAAUAGUGCAGCAAGGUAACGACUUAGCUGAUCUUUCUGAUGGAGUAUCAUUGCACUCUGAAGGUUUAGCAAGAGCUCAAUCUAGUGAAUCUCUUGGUGGGUAUCCACCCAUUGAAGAAGCUCAGAUUGAUACAGUUCAUUCCAGUCGUCCAUCAAGGACUCAGAUGCGUGAUAUAGCUACAAUCACCAUUAUAGAGGUUUCAUCACAAAGAACAACCAGAGAACAUGAAGGGGAGUUUAAACAAGAAGAUGUUCCGAGUUUACUCAUGCUUGAUGUAACUAGAAAUUGUGUAACUAUUUCCACACAAACCUAUGAUAACUUCCGAGCUGCUGGAAAGUUGUCCGAUGAUGAUAGCUUAACCGCCGAUUCAGUGUCUGAUGCUGAAAAGAGUGAUGUCUUGCAUGUUGAAGAAGCAACAACGAUUGUAAAAGACUCUUCUCAAUGUCUUGCAUCAACUAUGCGAGAUCAGUGUUCCUUUUCGCAAACUGACGUUCCGAUUCUUAGGUGCAUGUCAACGAUGACGGAUAUCAGUAAUCCACAGUCUAACUCCAAAUCCUCAGGAUGUAUAACUCAGAAGGAUAUUGAUCAAGAUAUUCCUUCGGUAUACCUGUGUUUGAAUUGUCGAAAAGCUAAGUUGUCAAGUUCCGCUCAGACCCGGUUAAGUGUUGAAGAUAGAAUAAGAGAAAAUGGGAACUACAUUCCUCUUCGACCACGAGAUUGUUCAAUGUCUGAAAGACUACGAUCAGCCUCAAUAUCAGAUCCUGAUACUUCCUUCAGUAAACCCACCCCAAGUAAUAUGAAGAGUGUUUCAGUAAUUACCACGAAGGUUAUCCGGUCUUCUAUGACUAGCAAACAGGAAUCAGAAAUCACUAGCUCCUAUGAACCAAGACUCAUGUCAAGAACCAUUAUUCUGGCACGUGUAUCUAAAUGUUCGACAUCAAUAGCCACGCAAGCAUUCGAAACAGCUCGAAGUCCAGUUGCAUCCCUUAACAAUAAUGAUUUCAGUGGGGCCAGCUCAGAAAUUUCCUCCCGAGAGAGUUUAUUGAUGCAAAUGGAACAACCAAAGAUUACUCUUAGGGAUUCUGCAGUUUCUACCACUAAAAGUAUUCUGAAACGCACUCCUUCGGGAACAUGGGACAGACAGACAGAUCAAAGAAAAUCCUUGGUAGAAUACACUUCUACUUCUACUCAAACGCAAAUAUACAUACAUGGUGCUGGAAUCAUCGACAGUGAACCAUCUGGAAAUUUGACACUUGAAGAAAGUGCUCCAGAUACCAUUGAAAACUUAACAUCCGACGAAAAAUCAGAAUAUCUAGUUCUUCCUGGUGGAAGGGUUGAUACUGAUGAAUCUCCUAUAUCUUCCGCUAGUGACAGCUAUCUACAUUUUGUCUUACCACCUACACAUAAAAGUAGUCCAAACCUCCUUGAAAUGGAUAGAGCGACGCCAUCAUUGACUCGUGAGCCUCAAGCCGAUGAUGAUCUUGAUGAAGACUCAUUUGGUAGUAAUGAAACCCACUCAAUCAGCAAUCAAUCAGUGUCAGGAAUAUCUGACGGUGCAUUGAGCCAAUUAGAUGAAAAUCGUAGUCUUCAUAGAUGGAGUCUGUUACCUCUUAAUGUCAGUGGCGAAACAUUGGUCACAGAAGGAAAGAGCGACUGCCUCCUCCUUGGAAAUAAAUCCCCAAAUAUUGAUAACCAAGCGAAAGAAGUCGAUUUAAGUGAGUAUGAAGAAGAGGAGUUACAAACACAUAUACUUCCCAAGGAUCAGGAACAGGUAAAAUCUAUAAUAAGAGACAUCUCGGCUCAAACCGCUGCGGACAUCAUCCCAGAAAUUGAAACCUUCUUGAAACCGUUUCAUGAUGAAGACUAUGCUGCUUUAUUGAGGAACAAGCGUGAACCGAAAUCUUCUGGACCUCGCGACGAUCAGGCGGUUGACAAGGUUUCGCAAAUCCCAGAAAUGCCUGAACUACCGUGUGAUCUGGAGUAUCGUGAGACCAAGAGGGAUCAAGGAAUUCAGCGGUCUAUUUCAGCUUCCGAUAUGUUUGAUGGCUACAUUUCUAGAUGUAGUGAUGAAGAACUGAAUCAAUGCACUUAUGGUCUGUUAAAAGAAAUUAAACGACGUCCGAACUACCAAGGAGAUUAUGAUAUUAUACCACACAAAUCUAUUUCCAACCAAUUUACUCAGACCGUCUCGAACUCUCCCCCAUUAUACCAAAGCAGAAAGGAGCAAGUCGAGAAGAAAAACAGAUUUUCACAGACGGAAGACCUAAAUACCAAGUAUUCAAAGGAGGAACGUGAGAUAUGGUGUCAAGAAUUUUUGGAAAUUGAAAAAGAAAUAUAUCAAAUCGAUGAUGAAGUACAUGAAACUACUGAAAUGGAAAUUCAGUACCUACUUGAGAAAACCCUCGGAAUUUCAGAAAUUCUGGAAGUUUUCCGCCUGCGAGUUCGUUUACUCGAGUACGAGUUAUGCGACGAUUUCAACCGCCUUCUAACUCCAGCCUGGCAAAACAAAAUUGAAGUGGCCAGUCAGGAAACAGGAGUUUUCCUUCCUCUUUCUCUUGCCCUGCGUCGGAAUCUUAUUCACUUGGCUGAUCGUCAGCCACAUUACAUAGAUAGUAUUCGUGAUAAGAUAUUGCCUAUGGAUGAAGCCUUUUCUCUGGGUUAUAUUCGUUUGGCUACAACACCAUAUCUUUUGGAUAACGCAGGACCUCUCGUCUUUAUUGAAAGGGAGUCCUUUGGAUGGAGUAAUGCCCGAGGUCUUGGAUAUUUGAGUGCUGUUGAUGGGACUAAAAUGACUUUCAGUGAAGCCUGGAAUGCUGGUUACAUCCGUAGAGCACCUAAUAGAAAUUUCGUAGUUGUUUGGGAUGACAUGCUCUCCCUGUGGAUAUCAGCUGAAGAAGCAAUUGCGAAGAAUAUACUUCUAAUUUCCUGUAAGAAAGACUUUACUUUAUGUAAAGUACGACGAAAAUUGUAUCGAGUAUCGUCAGUAAAACCUGGGGGUUCUAAGGGUCAGUGGCUGAACCCAUUAGAAGCCUUAACGUAUGGUCUCUUUGAGUGGAAAACAGGUGAUCUUGCAGAUUCCUGGCUUAUUAGACCAAAAGUUACCAAGCAGACACUGAGUGAAGCCAUCUUUGUUCCUCCCUCACAAGAACUUGUGCCACUCAGUUGGAAAGAGUUCUACGAUUCUUGGCAAGAGGGAUUAGUUCAGCUUUCAGCAGAAUCCAACUCCGAUUUGAUUUCACUAACAGACUUUGACAAUAGAAGACUAGUAAAGGCCUUCUUGAAUCUUGUUGUGAAUCCUUUUGAGGCAUCGCACAAACAGCUCACUGACGGUCAAAAUUUUGCGAAACCCCGGUCCUACUUCGAAUUUCCCACACCGGAAGAUGAUAAUGAAGAAAUGCAUGAACCCGUGAAUGCUCCAUGUACAACAACGAAAGUUAUCAAAACUACUAGAAGAGUAAAGACAACGAGUAAGAAGGCAAAAAUUCGCUCUCAACAAAAUUGA